AUGGUCGACGCGGAAGCGACGCGUCCGCAGCGCGCCGAGGCGCACGCGCCGUGGGUGGAGAAAUACCGCCCUCGCGUCGUCAAGGAUGUGGCGAGCCAGGAGCAAAUCGUGGGGGUGCUGGAAAACGCGCUGAAGACGGGGAACAUGCCCCACUGCCUGUUCUACGGACCGCCGGGAACUGGGAAAACCACCACCGCGCUGGCGAUCGCGAAGGAGUUGUACGGACCGGAGCUGUAUAAGCAAAGGGUGAAGGAGUUGAACGCGUCGGACGAGAGAGGCAUCAGCGUGGUCCGCAACAAGAUCAAAACCUUUGCCUCGCAAGCCGUCGGUGCGCCCGCGCCGGGAUACCCGUCUCCGCCGUAUAAGAUAUUAAUCUUGGACGAAGCGGACGCCAUGACGGGCGACGCGCAAUCGGCGCUGCGAAGGAUGAUGGAGACGUAUUCAAAAGUCACUCGGUUCUUUCUGUUGUGCAACUACGUGACGAAAAUCAUCGAUCCGAUCGCGAGUCGAUGCGCAAAGUUUAGAUUCUCACCGCUCGCUCAGGAAACUAUGGGUGCGCGAUUGAAGUUCAUCGGCGAACAAGAAGGUUUGGAGAUGAGUGACGACGUGUUCGCGAUGUGUUCAAAGCACUCGGGAGGAGACAUGCGCAAGGCGAUUACGUUGUUGCAAAGCGCAGCGCGUUUGUUCGCGGGGAAGAUUAGUGGUGCGAGCAUCGUUGAAGUGGCGGGGCACAUUCCAGAUGAAAAAAUCAAAAAGAUGUAUGAUCUGUGCCGUGAAGGCAAGUUUGAAGAGGCGCAGGCGCACAUGGAGGACAUUUUGCGCGACGGUUUUUCAGGACUCAAAAUUCUCGAUCAGUACUCUGACUACGUCCUGGAGGCAGAUUGCUCGGACGAGGUCAAGGCGGAGAUCUUCAUCAAACUCGGUGAAGUAGACAGGUUUUUGGCACAAGGAGCGGAUGAGGGAAUGCAGUUGGCCACGUUGGUGAGCACGUCCAUCAAGGCGCUGGCAAAGAUGGCGUCCGCGGCGUAA